GCCCAUUUCAAAAAUAGUGGGACCACUGGACCAUCAAUCGCGAAUUCGCGAUAAGGAUUGAAACGAUCUGCGUCUGAAACCAGGAACAACAAUGGCUGCUACUUCGCUUGUUACUUCCUCCUCUCCGUUGCCCACAAAAUCUCUUACAGUUCGUAAUCUAAGCCAGCAACUCUUGCCCUUCCGGACUCAGAGUCGCAUCACUAGAAGAGCCAAGAAGCAAGGCUCUUUCACUGUCCAAGCUGCCAAGCUUCCUGCGGGAGUGGAAUUGCCAAAAGUGCAACCAAAGGUUGAACCACCAUUUCUGGGAUUCAGCAAGACUGCUGAAAUAUGGAAUUCCAGAGCUUGCAUGAUUGGCCUCAUUGGGACAUUUAUUGUGGAGUUGAUAUUGAACAAGGGAAUUCUUCAGGUAAUUGGGGUGGAUAUUGGGAAAGGUCUUGAUCUUCCACUUUGAAAAAGGCCACGAAGAGCUUUUGCCGAUGAAGCUCUGUAAUGGCACAUUUGAGCAUGACUAUUUGUACCAAAAAGACUCAAUUCCUGUUAUUUUAUGAACGCAGUCCAUUUCAUUUAAACAGCAAUCUGAACAAUCUACAACUCUAAGUAGACAUCUGUUAUUUGCCAAGAUGAUAAAUAAACAUCCAGUGAUUUUGCUA